AUGAAGUUCUCCUUCGUUCUCUGUGCCGUUGCCUCCCUCCUUGGAGUUGCCAACGCCGUCGGCUUUGCAAAUGCUGCUCCUGCGGCUCAGCCUGAGGUUAUCGACAUCGCUGACAUGAAGCUUCGUCUUCGUGGCACAACCCCUCCUCCUCCUUCUCCUUCCAAGCGCGAAUACGAGGAAGAUGAGUCCGAAUAA